AUGCCUUUGUUCUGUACUGCGCUGGCAGAUUUUUUCUGCGCUCCGUCGCUCUCGCUCCCAUUCCGCCGUAUCCUCUCCCUCACUACCCGCCGUCACCUCUCCAACCCACCUCACUAUCACUCCGUCCCACUCCGCCAUCUCCUCUCCCUUAACUCCCCGCCGUCGCCUCUAAGUCCUCCCCGCCGUCUCCUUUCUUUCCUCCCCGCCGUCGCCUCUCCCUCCUCCCCGCCAUCUCCUCUCCCUUACCUCCCCGCCGUCGCCUCUCACUCCUCCCCGCCGAGUCGCCUCUCACUCCUCCCCGCCGAGUCGCCUUUCCCUCCUCCCCGCCGUCGCCUCUCCCUCCUCCCCGCCUUCGCCUCUCCCUCCUCCCUGCCGUCGCCGCUCCUUCCUCCCCGCCGUCGCGUCUCCCUCCUCCUCGCCGUCGCGUCUCCCUCCUCUUUGCUGUCGCGUCUCCCUCCUCCUCGCCGUCGCGUUCGCCUCUCCCCACUCCCCGCCGUCGCCUCUCCUUCCCUCUCCGCCGUCGCCUCUGGCGACAGGUGCACGAGCGCAAGCGCGGGUUGGUGCGCGAGCGCGACUUGUUUUCUCAGGCACCGUGGUUAUCAGAAGAAAGAGAUGGAGCGCGAGGGAGAGCGUGUGCACAUGAGAGAGCGUGUGAGAGGGCGCGUGAAGGAGCGCGUGAGAGGGCGCGUGAGAGAGCACGUGAGAGCGCGUGAGAGAGCGGAUAAGAGAGCACAUGUGAGCGUGUGA